AUGACAGGCGGCGACCAGCGCCCAGUGGCCACUUCUGACCUUCGUCGACGUCUUUCCAGACCACGCAAACACCAUCCAGCUUCGACUGGCGAAUCCGAUCGUCUCAUCAUCACCAUGGGUCUUUCGUACAACAUCUACCUCAACUCGUCGCGCAUCUACGGUUGUAAGAACUGCAAGACGCACCUCUCCAACCACGAUGACAUCCUCAGCAGGAACUUCCGUGGCCAACAUGGCAAGGCUUACCUGUUCGACAGCGUUGUCAACGUGACCGAGUCUGACCCCAACGAGCGCAACAUGACUACCGGACGUCAUAUAGUCCGUGACAUUCACUGCCGCCAGUGCAAGGAGACGGUCGGCUGGAAGUACGACAAGGCGUACGAGGCCAGUGAGAAGUACAAGGAGGGCAAAUUCAUCCUCGAGGCGGAGCUCUUAUGCACCGUCACUUGA